UUACUGUUGAGAAAGAGAGAAUGAGCAGAGAACAAGCAGGCGUUGCAAAGGCCUGGGAAACCACAGUACGAAAAACACAAGCAGCUGCAAAGAAAAAAAACAAUACAUUCUUUGGUACAAUGUCUGUGGCUCAUGCUGAUGAUGAUGAAUAUGGUCCAGGUGAAAUUUAUCACGCAGAGAGAGUUCUUGCCAAUGGUGACUUUUACACAGGCAAAUGGGCUGAUAAUCUUCCCCAUGGUUAUGGUAAGUAUCUUUGGACAGAUGGUUGCAUGUAUGUAGGUGAAUGGUAUAGAGGUAAAACCAUGGGAAAAGGCAAAUUUAGUUGGCCCUCAGGUGCCACAUACGAGGGUGAAUUCAAAGGUGGGUAUAUGGAUGGUAAAGGGACUUAUACAAGUUCUUUAGGGGAUACUUAUAGAGGUUAUUGGGUUAUGAACUUGAAACAUGGACAAGGGACUAAGAGUUUUGCCAAUGGGGAUUAUUAUGAUGGAGAAUGGAAAAGAGGGUUGCAAGAUGGUCAUGGAAGGUAUCAAUGGAAGAAUGGGAAUCAUUACAUUGGUCAAUGGAAGAAUGGGAGUAUUAAUGGUAAUGGAACCAUGAUUUGGAGUAGUGGAAAUAGGUAUGAUGGUUUUUGGGAAGAUGGUUUGCCUAAAGGAAAUGGAACUUUUAGAUGGGUUGAUGGGAGUUUUUAUGUUGGUGUUUGGAGUAGAGAUCCUAAAGAUCAAAGUGGAACUUAUUAUCCAUCAGGUUCUCCAACUGGGAAUUUAGAUUGGGAUCCUCAACAAGUAUUUUUGGUGGAUUUGAAAGAUUGUAAGAUUUGUCCAGGAGAGAAAGUUUCAAUCUUGCCAUCACAAAAGAUGACUUAUUGGCCUGGCAUUGCAGGGGAAGUUAAUACCAAUAAUAGUCAAGUGCCUUUUAAGAAAUGGAAUGAUCUUGGCAGGCUUAGGAGGACUUCAGUUGAUGGAAGGACUAGCAACUAUGGUAGCGAAAACGAUGGCAGUAACCGUGGUUGUGGUGUUAGUGAUGUGGAUUUUAGGGAUGGUGAUGAGGGUUUGGAAAAUCUUUACCUUGAGGAAUCAGAUUCAAGGGGUAGGGUGUUGUUGAAAUUAUAUCCUACAAAGAAGCAGGGGGAGACAAUAUCUAAAGGGCAUAAGAACUAUGAGCUCAUGCUAAAUUUGCAGUUAGGGAUCAGACACUCUGUUGGGAGACCUGCUCCAGCUACAUCUCUUGAUCUCAAGGCUUCAGCUUUUGAUCCGAAGGAGAAAGUAUGGACAAAAUUUCCACCAGAAGGAUCAAAGCACACUCCUCCCCAUCAAUCUUGUGAUUUCAGAUGGAAGGAUUACUGUCCAGUGGUUUUUAGGACUCUCAGGAAAUUGUUCAAUGUGGAUGCAGCUGACUACAUGAUAUCUAUAUGUGGAAACGAUGCCCUUCGGGAGCUUUCAUCCCCUGGAAAAAGUGGAAGCUUCUUUUACUUAACAAAUGAUGACAAAUACAUGAUAAAGACCAUGAAGAAGGCAGAAGUUAAAGUUCUUAUAAGGAUGCUACCAGCCUACUACAAUCAUGUUCGGGCCUUUGAGAACACUCUAGUCACCAAAUUUUAUGGCCUGCAUUGUGUGAGAUUAACAGGGUCUGCACAGAAGAAGGUACGAUUUGUCAUUAUGGGGAAUCUAUUUUGUUCUGAGUAUGCCAUCCAUAGGCGCUUCGACUUGAAAGGUUCUUCUCAUGGUCGGACAACUGCUAAACCUGAGUCAUCAAUCGAUCCAACGACAACACUUAAAGAUCUAGAUCUCAAUUUUAUAUUUCGAUUACAAAAAGUUUGGUUCCAAGAGUUUUGCAGGCAAGUGGACAGGGACUGUGACUUUCUUGAACAAGAGAGAAUUAUGGAUUACAGUCUUUUGGUUGGUCUUCACUUUCGAGAAGCUAUUUCAUAUAGGGAUACUCACACUCCUCGCACUUCUGGAGUCCACACUCCUAAAGGAUAUGCAGAGGAUAAUGAACCAGGAGCCCCUCGCCUUUCAAGAGUAGACAUGGAUCAGCUUCUUUUCGACCCAACUCGUUGGGCUUCCAUAAAGCUUGGUGUAAACAUGCCCGCACGAGUUGAACAAACAGUGAGAAGAAGUGACUGUGAAACUCAGCUGAUUGGAGAACCAACUGGUGAAUUUUACGAUGUCAUUCUCUUUUUCGGUAUAAUUGACAUACUACAAGACUACGAUAUUAGCAAGAAGCUAGAGCAUGCAUAUAAAUCAAUGCACUAUGAUCCAACUUCAAUCUCAGCAGUUGAUCCAAGGCAAUACUCAAAACGCUUUCGGGAUUUCAUUUUCAGAGCAUUUGUAGAAGACACUUGAAAAGAUAUAGGGUUGACACAGAUCUUCAACUCGCAGCCAGUAGCCAUUCAUGUAUAGUCGUUUUUUCUUCAUAAUCCUUAUACAGAUGAGAGUUAAGUUACCGACGAUAGGUAUACAUUUCAGUUUUUGACAUGGCCACGAAGGAUGAUUUAUGGCUGCCGGAAAUACAAGCUUUUGUCACACAUACUAGCAGUUUCUCUCACUCUUAGUCACACUGGCAAAGUAUAUGAUAUGUUUUAGUAAAGGUAUAGAAAAAUGUCAGAACCAGAGCUACCGAAACCUGUUUUGAUUGUAAAAUUGAUUAUUAACAAAGUGGUGAACGUGUAGCCUCACUGAUUCUUUUUGUACGUAAU